UAAUGGGGCUUAAUGAUGUUGAUUCUUGCCCCGGAUGUUUGGGUCAAGAACUCAAAAUGAGCACCGGAGCGGCACCUAUUUUAAAACGGGUCGCAUGUGAAGUUAGUUAGUAUCGACUUGCAGUGGUGCCAGAGUCAAGGUGUCGAGAACGUCACACCAUAAUAGUGAAAUAACCUAAAAUAAUCAUGGGAAAACUAAACGUGACGAUUUUACGAUAUUUAACAAGAGAUGAUUUCCGUGUUUUAACAGCGAUUGAAAUGGGAAUGAAGAACCAUGAAUUUGUUCCUGCGUCGCUGGCUGCUCAUAUAGCAAAUUUACGUUACGGUGGUGUACAUAAAUUGUUGAAAGAACUAUGCAAGCAUAGGCUUCUCUCUUAUGAACAUGAUGGUUAUCGUUUGACAAAUGCAGGCUACGACUAUUUGGCUUUAAAAGUUUUGGCACAAAGAGGUACUGUUACUUCUUUUGGCAAUCAAAUUGGAGUAGGGAAAGAAUCUAACAUUUACAUAGUUGCUAAUGAUGACGAAGAUUCAGUAUGCUUGAAACUACAUAGAUUAGGAAGGACUUGUUUUAGAAACAUCAAGAGUAAAAGAGAUUAUCAUCAACAUAGAAGAUCAGCAUCGUGGUUGUAUCUAUCAAGAUUAUCGGCGACAAGAGAAUAUGCAUAUAUGAAAGCACUUUAUGAUAGAGGAUUUCCAGUACCCAAACCAAUUGAUCUCAAUAGACAUUGCGUUGUUAUGGAGCUGGUUGAAGGUGGACCUCUAUGUGGUGUAUGCAAAGUGGAUGAUGUUGGACUGUUGUACGACAAAUUGAUGAAUUUGAUUAUAAGACUGGGAAAUCAUGGAGUUAUUCACGGUGAUUUCAAUGAGUUCAACAUCAUGAUAACAAGUAGCGGAAAACCUAUUCUUAUUGAUUUUCCGCAGAUGAUUUCCACCAAGCAUGUGGAGGCUGCAACUUAUUUCGAAAGAGAUGUAAAAUGUGUCCGUGACUUUUUUAAAAGACGGUUCGCUUAUGAAAGCGAAUUAUACCCAACAUUUCGUGAUAUUUCGAGGGAAGAUUGUAUUGAUGUAGAAAUUAAGGCCAGUGGUCUUACAAAACAAAUGGAGAAGGAUCUUUUGAAGGAAAUAGGUAUGAUCGAAGCUGAACAUGAAAAAAGUGAAGAUGAGUGCAGUGAAAAUGCGAGUGAAGGAAAUAGAAGUAUGGAUGACAGUGAAAUUAAUUAUUUGCAAGUUCAAGUUGAAAACUCUGUAAGAAAUGAAUUUAUGUGUACAUCAAAGGAAACAUUCGUAAACGCGAAAGUAAAUGAAAAGAAAGACUCAAUUGUCUCAUCUCUAGAAGAGGGCGUCAAGAAUAUCGAUAUAAAUAAAUCAGUGGAAAGUCUAACAAGUAUAAAGUCGUAUGAUUUAAAUGAAAAACAUAAUGAAGGAACGACUAAUUCGGUCUUUGAUACGGAAACAUCCAACGUAGAAGAAUUUAGUGAUUCAAGAAGUAUGUACAGUAGUGUGACAAAUGCAACGAUCGCUCCCGAACUCAUUAAGAAAAAGGUGAAAGUAGUUUUACGAAAACGCGAAAGAGAACAGUCUAAAAGAAUUCUCGUGAAAGGAGAGGCAAACGCGGUAACUAGAAUUAGAAGGGAGAAUAAGGAUAUAAUUAAACAGUCGACAGGGAUAUGGGGUUGGGAAUAAAAAUGACAAAACAUUUUUGCUACUUAUUGUAGAUGAUUUAUUAAAAAAAACAACAAAAGGAGAAAAACUAUCACAUAUUUAUUACCAAUAAAGUUUUAAUUCUUCUCCAUUAAGCUUAUUUCCCUGAAAGAAUUUAUUUAGAUAUAAUACUUUUAACUUUUAAAUAACGUUUCAGUAUCUGUAAAAAUAUGAUUUAGUAUUAUUUUUUAUUUAAAAUAACUUGAAUCAGUUAUUAUAUGGCAAGAUAAUAGAGGCAAAUUAAAUUGAGAUAAAAUCCAAUCUAAUCUUUCAGUAUUUUGUGUCUUAUAUAACACUUGAUAUGAUGGAAAAUAUAAAUCCUGGUAUGAUUCUUCACGCAUAUUCUCUCUCUCUCUUUAUCUUU